UCCGCGCUGCGCGCGGCUCCAUCCCUGGGAUUGUGUGUGUUGGUUGCGUGGGGAACUCAAGGCUGCAGUGGCCAGAGGCGGCUGUUCGGAGGAGCUGCGGAAGGGAUGGAAGCGAACCGACACCUCGGCCGGAUCCGCCUUCCGGAGAGCGCGCGGAGCUGCGGGACCGGUUCGCUGUUGGCCACUUGCUGAGAGGCACGCCACCAUGGACAGGAGAGGGGACGCGGCACCGACACUCAAAAGCUACUGGGGAGGUUGAUGUGGACUUCGCCCCCUGCGCCCAGGUGGUCCGUCUUGGAGCAUGCCCGUAUCCCACAAUGCCCCUACUUGCAGACUGGUUACUGCGCCACUCAGUGGUCAUGUGUUUGCUGCUGCACAGCCUGGUGCUAAUGACCUUUUGCUUCCACCAUGCUUCUACCAGUUGCUCCAAGAGCUGCUACUGCUCUGAGAGCGAGAGCAGCGGCAAGACGGUGCGCUGCAGCAAUCUGCAGCUCACGGAGAUCCCCCAGGAUAUCCCCAAUGACACCCGACGCGUCUAUCUGGACUUCAACCUCUUUACGACGGUCCCGACGAAUGCUUUUGCAGGUUUGCCCUACCUGGUCGAACUGGAUCUAUCGCACAAUGAAAUAAGCCAGUUGGAGCCAGGAGCAUUCAGGGGGCUGGGCACCUCACUACAGUUACUUGACAUUUCUUCAAACAAGUUAGUCAACUUUAACCCUGAGGCCUUCGAGGGCCUGCGGUCUCGCGCCAACCUAACAAACAAUCCGUGGCACUGUGACUGCAACUUGCAGAUGGCCAUGCCCCGCGUGGACCUGGAGCCCACGUCGCUGACGGGCAUCGUGUGCCAGACAUCAAAUCCGGAGGAAAUAGGAGUUCAAGGACUCGCCUUCCUCUUGGCACCAGACAUAGACCUAUGUGUGGUGACGAAGAGGACUACAGAUGUGGCCAUGCUGGUCGUCAUGUUCGGCUGGUUCACCAUGGUCAUCUCCUACCUGGUCUACUAUGUCAGGGCGAAUCAGGAGGACGCCCGCAGACACCUGGAGUACCUCAAGUCGCUGCCCAACAUACAUGGCAAGUCAGAGGAGUCUUCCACCAUUAGUACUGUGGUAUAGGGCCGAUGGAUCUACACCUGGGACCCGCGCCAAAAAGAAUGGAGCUACGACCCACAACUACGGUCAUCAUCAGAGGACUUUGUUCAGUUGUUGUCACGAAGCCACGGUGGGCAACAAGACAUGUGCAUCUGCACAAGAAAACCAGGCCUAUGCAACCUAUGAAUAAUUGAUCUUUCAGCGACCCAUUAAGAGGUUUUGUUGAUGGUCUAGUAGUCUGUGCGCUAAAGGAAUAAAAGCAGCAGCAGGUUUUGGGAUAUAAAUGGGAUUUAUCCAGUGGUGCAUGCACCUACAGAAGAAGAGGCACCUCGCUCACACACGAAGACAACACCAACAUGAACGAUGGGAACGGCCAGAAUGACCAUCUCCAUGUACAACUGUUUCCAUUAAAAACCCUUAUGGCAUUCACAAGUAUAUUCUAAGUCAAAUUAUGUUUUCCAAUUAAAUUGUUGUUCUGGG